GGUCUUCUCGUCCAAAUAAAAUUUUUUUCCGCAUUAAUCACGAUUUCUUUUUUCACUCUUCGUCCUCCGUCCAUACAUCUUUCCAGAAAAGUUUUUAGCGACCCUUACCGUGAUCAAAGUGCAAAAAUCCAAAAAAUGGCGUCGGCUGCUGCAUCUCCUUCUUCUCCGGCGAACGAAGAACCGCAGGCGCAGAACCUGGAGAACGAUCAUCAGCAGCAACCGCUGGUAAAGGAGUGCGUGUACAGAACCAAGACGAUGCAGUUCUUUGGUCGUACUACGCCUAUUAUACUCCAAAACGACAAUGGCCCAUGCCCUCUCCUCGCCAUAUGUAAUGUUCUUCUUCUGAGGAACAACAUUAAGCUGAGUCCUGAUAUAUCUGAAGUUUCACAAGAGAAAUUGCUUUCACUGGUGGUGGAGCGACUGAUUGAUUCCAACAGUAAUGUCAAUAAUAAGGAUGAUGAGUACCUUAAAAAUCAACAGCAGAAUAUUGCAGAUGCAAUGAAUUUGCUUCCACGGCUUACAACUGGGAUUGAUGUAAAUAUAAAAUUCAGGAGAAUAGAUGAUUUUGAAUUCACUCCUGAGUGUGCCAUAUUUGAUUUGCUGGACAUUCCCCUAUGUCAUGGUUGGAUAGUUGAUCCUCAGGACUAUGAAACUUCAAUUGCAAUUGGGUCAAAAUCUUAUAAUACCAUCAUGGGGGAGCUUGUUGCACUAGACACACAAAACAUGGAGGGUAUGCCUAAAAAUAAUUCUGAAGAUUGUGUAGAUUUUGCUGCCGCAACAACUGCAACUCUUGGAGUUCCUUCCCCUAGCCUGUCAAAAACCAGAUCUUUUGAUAGUUCUCCCAGUUCUGUCUCUGAUCCCCCAAAAAGAAGAGGGGACCUUGAAGAAGAGGAAGAACUGUCAAGAGUCUUGAAAUUAUCUGAGACUGAGUCUACAAACGUUGGCAAUUCUCUUGGAGCUGCGUCAGAUGCUGUGGAUGGGAGAACUUGUUCGGAAGACCUUGUUUCUGUAGAUUCUGUACGUACAAGAGAUGGGCAAAAUGGUGUUGGAAAUCAGAAUUUGCAGUACCCAGAGUUAUCCUUGUCAGAUAAUUGCAAUGAUAAUGAUAAUGCGACCUGUUUGAAGCGCUUUGCAAAGGAGGAAAAGAUUGAUGGGUGUGAUCAUUAUGUUGAUCAAUCAUCCUUCUUGAAAUCUGGAGAUAUUAAACAUUUUAGUGAUGUGGUUGAGAAGGGUAGUGCUUCUGCAUUUCUUCAGAUAAAAGAUCCAGUUUCUAUUUCUCCUGCAAAAGACACUGCAGCCGUAGAUAAAAAUGGUACUGGCACUUUUCACAUGGGUGAAAAAGUUGAGCUUCAAUCUACUUCGACAAUCAGUGCUAAUGAACAAGCAGAUAAAGAUAGUGGGUGUGAUAGAACAGAAGUAUUGUCCUUGUCUUUACCAAAUGCAGAUUCAGAGUCAUCUAGUGGCAGAAUACUGCCUGGAGAUGUAUCUGAAACUGUUACUUCUAGUCUCGAUGACAGUGAGCCCAUUUAUGAAGGAGAGGAGUGCAUACUGGAUUCAGGAACUAAAGUAUAUCAUGAGCGGGAGCCUGUAUAUGAAGGUGAGGUGAUUCUUGCUGAACAAGCUGACAAAGGAACUCUAGAUACUUGUGAUGUGAGAUCUAAGGAUGAAAUCACUGCACAACAAGGGGAACUGAUAAGGAACUUCUUGAAGAACAAUGCCAACCAGUUGACGGUCUAUGGGCUUUUUUGCUUACAAGAUGGUCUGAAGGAACGUGAGCUUUGUGUUUUUUUCCGUAAUAAUCAUUUCAGCACCAUGUUCAAGUAUGAAGGUGAUCUUUAUCUUUUAGCUACAGACCAAGGUUACCUAAAUCAGCCAGAUUUGGUUUGGGAGAAACUGAAUGAGGUCAAUGGGGACACGUUGUUUAUGACUAGUAAUUUCAAGGAAUUCAAGGUGGAUAGUCAUACAAGUGAUACAUGGGAUGAACAUAAUGCCAUGGCCAAUACUGCUGAUUUUAUUGCCAGCAUUGAUAGUGCAGCACAGGCAGGGUUGGAUAUAAACUCUGAUUUGCAAUUGGCAAUAGCUCUGCAGCAACAGGAGUUUGAACAGCAACAACAGCGACAGAAUGUUCAGCAACCAACUGUUAGUGGGGCUUCAAGAUUGGUCACAGGUCCGCAGGUGCCAAGAAAUAGCGGAAGGCAGCCCUCAACUCCAAAGGCCGAGGCAAAAUCUAAAGAGAAAUGUAUCGUGAUGUGAGUUCUGCAUUCAGACAUCUGGAAAAUUCCUAAUGUAAAUUGUUUGCAUGUUUUGGUCCAUUGUAUUGCGUAACACUAAUAAACCCAAUUAACCCUACUUGCUAUGUUAGAUCAAGUUUUUGACUGUAAAAAAUUUGCAUAGUCUCUUACUAAAUAGACUUGUUCAGG